AUGUGAUAUGUUCAUCAUCAAUUAUCAGGAAGAAGAGAGAUGGGUCCGAUCAGAACUGAAGAGGAAGAAAAGCCUAUGUAUGGUCAUUUCUCUCACGAGCAUCCAUUGGAACUGGAUAAAUCUAGCCACACAGGAACCACAAUCUGUUCAGGUUGCAAGAGGGACAUAGUACCUGGCAAGGAUUUCUACACUUGCAAGGCUUGCUCAUUUUCUCUCCACCGUUCUUGCUUUAAUAUGCCGAGAAUAUAUCAGCACCCAGCUGAACCUGGCCAUGCAUUGAAUCUGCUUCUUCUGCCAUCUUUUGUAUGCAAAGCCUGUGGAGUUCAAGGUUCAGGUUUCUGCUACAAUUGCAGUGUCUGCUCCUGCAGUUAUCACACACUUUGCUUAAGAAUGCCGUUUGUAGAAUCGUGUGCAUCUCAUGAACAUCUAUUAAAGCUUGAGUUCUCUUCUCCAUAUGAUAAUUGCAAAGGCUUUCGCUGUGAUGUGUGCGGAGACCCUGGCUCUGAUCAUUGGCUCUAUAGGUGCAACGAGUGCGAAUUUGAUGUGCACAUCAAUUGUAUCUACUCUGUGCCCAGCCCACAAUUUCAACCUCCCAUUUCUUUCAGAAAUCACCACAAUAUGGUGACUUCUCCGACCACUGCUUCCACUGGUGGUUCAGCUGCAAUUCUUGUUAAUGGUAAUUCUGAUUUGCAGGCCAACCGAAUCCCAUUAUCCUCAUCCACCAGAUCUCCUGGAAUGAAAAACAUCUGCACGGUGGCCACCAGAGCUCCACCAUCUAAUACAAACACAGCUUAUGUGAAUCCUGGUUCUUCAGCCCCUCCCGGUGGAAACUUUUCAGGACCAACAUAUACUUAUGCGUAUAAUCCAGGGGCUAAUUCUACUCAGCCUGGAGUUAAGGGGACAGGUGUCCCACAAAACAAUAGCCAUGGUGUUGGCAAUCUUAACUUGUCAGGCCCUAGUAGUGCUCAAGGGGUCAUGGGAACUGGAGUGGCUGGACUUGUGGCAACGGGAGUUCUUGGUGGGAUGGGAGAAGGUAUAGGACAAGAAAUUGUUCAGAAUAUUUUGAAUAGUCUUACUGAUGAUGGGUCUUGAACUUGGGAUCAGGGUUAGAGGAAUUAGGUCUUUUGACUUGUAAUAAUUAUAUUUGUUCAGUUUUCUGUAUCAGAAUCCAGUUAAAAUUUUCAGUGUUCUGUUAUGAGAUUACUAGUUUAAGAAAUGAAUGAAAAUAAAGUGAUUUUGCCAAAGCUAUCUGAUAAUCUGAGAUCCAGAAAAUAGGGUUUACAAAGCGUUCUCUAAGCUUAAAAACAAAACUUAGUUUGUGAAGAGGGUGUCUCCCUUUUUUAUCUCACUCUUCCCUUGGCGUG